GACUAAGUUUGUAGGCAGCAUGGCAGCCUCGGGGUUCGGGACGCUUCGGCUUCGCGGUCGCUGCGACGGCAACUUGCGCUGGUGGAGCCGAACAAGUCUUUCGGUUCUUCAUAGAUACCUUAGCUUUGUAGCGGAAAUGUUGGUGUUGGCGUGCGUGCGUGUGUGUGUGUGUGUGUGUGUGUGUGUGUGUGUGUGCGCGCGCGCUUGCUUGCUUGCUUGCUUGCUUGUUUUUUCCGCGGUAAGGGCUACAGGACACGUCGUCGCACUAAGUUGUCUCUCGUGUUUCCACUGUGACAGUGUGCCGCGCGAUAAGCUAGCCUGCCCAGCUACGCCGAGUUGGACGGCUCUGCCGAGUUGCGCGCGGAGUCGGCUCCAGCCCCCCCUGCGCGGUGUUGCCUCGUUUCUCUCACGGGCGGAGGGCGUCAGGUAGACAGCGCUCUCGUGCUCGGGAACUGUUAACAAUCAGACCAUGUUCCAAGCCCACAGAAUGAAAUGGAAGCAGCAUCAGUUAUUUUGAGGCCGAGAGAAGGUCUCUCCCCCGGUCUUAUCUAGGGCCCACAUUAUAAUAGAGCGGGUCGACUUAAGUUCUGUGCUCGCAGCCCUCACGAGAGAUUUUGCUGAAAAUGUUUACAUCGCCGGUUGUUCGUCACCAGCGGGAGAGGUCCUUAUUUGCCGCCGUUCGAUCAGAGGGUGUCCAGGCUGCGUCCUGUCCAUUCGGCUCUAUUUUCGGACGGGUCCAGUUACAGACCUACGUCUUGACAGGGGGUUAAAGAUCCUGUCUCCCCCUUGAGUCACUUAAAUAUUAGUUUUCACGCCCGUAAUGUCAUUGACUUAGAAAUGCCCCGCAACAUAUGGGCGAAAAGGAAAGCGAACCCAGAGCAACACUGGGCUUCACAACAACACGCCGUCACUGGCUUUAUUAUAGCCAACUGGGGAAACUGCUAGUUGUAUAACAUUGACAGCUGCGCUGGGUCAUUUAGAAAGAUUUAGUCAUCUUGCGCUUGAUGUUGAAAUUCAUAGUUUGGAUGUUAAUCGUAUGACAAAACGUUCUCGGUUCAGCGAGCCCUUCGCCGAAUUGUGAUUCCUUAUUUUUUUUUUUUGUCGGCCGGCUCGCACUGAACUGAAACUCCCCGCUGAGGCUCAACUUUUUCUCCACUUCUCAGUUACAAAGCCGCCAACUAAAUACUUGAACGAGAUUCGCUACGUUCUCGUAUUAACCCGUCAGCCAGUGGUCGAGAGAGAAAGCGAGGGGGCAAAGACAUUCAUUUCCAAGAACUUGACAAAAUGGCUUGCGCAGCAGACAGCUGCAUACAAUUCACACGCCAUGCAAGUGAUGUUCUGCUCAACCUGAACCGGCUGCGUAACAGAGAUAUCCUCACAGAUGUCACCAUUUUGGUGAACAGACAGCAGUUUCGUGCACACAAGACUGUUCUCAUGGCUUGCAGUGGGCUGUUUUACACCAUCUUUACUGACUCCCACAAGUGCAACCUUAAUGCUAUCAGUCUGGACCCAAAGGUGGACCCAGAGGGCUUUGCCAUCCUGCUGGAGUUUAUGUACACCUCCCGUCUCACACUAAAGGAAAGCCUGAUCAUGGCUAUCAUGAACACAGCCAUCUACUUGCAGAUGGACCAUGUUGUGGACACCUGCCACAGAUUCAUCAAAUCCAGCGAUCCAUCUGCCAAGCUGCCCAGAGAUGAGUUUUUGGUCAGUCCCUUGGUUUUACCUCAGGAUGUCCACGCGUACCGGCCCCAUGACGUUGUUGACAAUUUGCACAGCCGCGUAGCUCCAUUUAGGGAUGGCAGGCCCUAUGGCUCCAACAUGUUCAACGGGGUCAGCACACCCAGCAACUACCAUCUCUACGGGCAGUUUCCCAUGCCAGGAUUCCCUUUCCCUCUCUGCAAGCUGACUGAUGCCAAAAACGCUUUUGCUGACCUCUCAAAGAGUGGUAUCCACCACAAGCACUGUUCUCCGCAUGACAGCGCCAGCAACAUCAGGGCGGAAUACACCAGGGCUGUCGGCUCCAGCUCCUCCAGCAUUAUUCACUCCACCACCUACACAUCCAGGGAGGUAGGGAGAGACGAUGAGAUAAGGAAGGAAAGCCACGAGGGGGUCAACCAGUCAAUCGGUCUCGGCACAAGGAAGCGUACGUUUCCUGUGUUAAGCCUCGAGCACCAGAAAGACUCUGUCAAAGAGCACGCUCCUCAGGCAGAGGAAGACCUGAUCCAUCAGCACUACCCACUGGGAAUCUCCUCCGCUGGACGCAAGAGCCUCAUGAGCAGCCCCCAGAGCCCCCUCAAGUCAGACUGCCAGCCCAACUCCCCAACAGAGUCCAGCAGUAGCAAGAACGCCGGCCUCUCCCAGGCCGCCGGGGUGCAAGCCCCGCAGGGUACGCAGGACCCCAAAGCUCGCAACUGGAAGAAGUACAAGUUCAUUGUGCUGAAUCAGAGCGCUAAGGAAGACGAGGUGGGGCUGCAGGAUCCCGGGCUUCGGAAUCCCGGGCUUCGUUCACCUCAGCGCCAUGGCCUGCAGCCCUACCUCCACCCCAGCGACUCGGAGAACCUUGACCCACAAACCACAAGCAAGAGCAACGAUCACAGUGAGGAUCUACCUGUGCCCCAGGCUAGUCGUCUCAACAAUAUCAUUAACAGUGCACUUGAGGGGUCACUGAGGAACGGUGACAGCCACCCUCCACAUUACCUGAGCCGCCUCAACUGCUCAUCCUGUGGCUCCCAGUCCCCACAGCACUCAGAGGUCUGUCCCAACACCUCCAGGUCCCGUCUUGCAGAAGACAUGGCAGAGCUACACUCAGAGUACUCCGACUCCAGUUGUGAAAACGGUACAUUCUUCUGUAACGAAUGUGACUCCAAGUUUGCUGAAGACGAAGCGCUGAAACGACAUAUGCUUCAAGUGCACAGCGACAAGCCAUACAAGUGUGACCGCUGCCAGGCUGCUUUCCGCUACAAGGGCAACCUUGCCAGCCACAAGACUGUCCACACAGGAGAGAAGCCGUAUCGCUGUAAUAUCUGUGGUGCUCAGUUUAACAGACCAGCUAACCUCAAGACUCACACUCGCAUCCACUCAGGAGAGAAGCCAUACAAAUGUGAGACGUGUGGAGCUCGUUUUGUACAGGUCGCUCAUCUCCGUGCCCAUGUGCUGAUCCACACGGGCGAGAAGCCAUAUCCGUGUGAGAUCUGUGGAACACGCUUCCGUCACCUGCAGACGUUGAAGAGCCACCUACGUAUACACACAGGAGAAAAGCCCUACCAUUGUGAGAAAUGCAACUUGCACUUCCGCCACAAGAGUCAGCUACGGCUGCAUCUUCGACAGAAGCACGGCGCCAUCACUAACACAAAGAUCCAAUACCGUAUGUCCACGGCUGACAUGCCUACCGACUUGACGAAGGCAUGCUGAGCUGAAAGAAGGGAACAGUUUUAAUGGAGGCAAUCUUGACCCUGGCAUUUAAAAGACCCCAACUUGUACAAUCAUCCAAAAUUGUAGUGCCACACUGUGUUCAUUAGACAAAUAAAUUGGCUGUGUAUGCCAUUCUAAACGGG